UUCGCUCGGCAUUUGUAUUUGUGUCUCUCCUCUUCUUUUCAUUCGCGUCGUCGUCUCUGCAGUGGGCAGGAGGGCGAGAUUCUGACCGUUUGGUGGCUCGUCUGUCGUUCUCUCUCUUCGUAGCGUUGGUGGCAGUUUGAGGGCGGAGAUUUUGAGACGUCGAGAGGUGUUCAGCGCUAGACAACACACUCGAAAAUGCCCAAACAGCUAGACGUGCGUGUGACGACGAUGGACGCCGAGCUCGAGUUCUCUAUAGACUCGAAGGCUCCAGGCAAGACGUUGUUUGACAUGGUGACCAAGACAAUCGGUUUGCGAGAGGCCUGGUUUUUUGGUUUAUACUACAAAGACGUGAAGGGCAUUGAUGCCUGGCUACGAUUUGACAAGAAGGUUGCUGAUCAGGACCUACCAAAGGAGAAUCCGCUGAACCUUUACUUUAAAGUGAAGUUCUAUCCAGAGGAUGUGUCUGAAGAGCUUGUUCAAGAGAUCACACAGCACUUGUUCUUCUUGCAAGUGAAACAGCAAAUUCUAGACAUGGAGAUUUAUUGUCCACCCGAGGCGUCAGUGCUAUUGGCAUCCUAUGCAGUACAAGCUAAGUUUGGGGAUUAUGACGAGUCUGUUUAUAAGCCUGGUUUUCUUGCUGAAGAAAGAUUACUACCUCAAAGGGUCAUAGAUCAGUAUCAAAUGAGUGUAGACAUGUGGGAGGAGAGAGUCAUUUCGUGGUAUUCAGAACACAGAGGUCUGCUGAGAGAUGAAGCCGAAAUUGAGUACUUGAAGAUCGCGCAAGACUUGGAGAUGUACGGAGUGAACUAUUUCCAGAUAAAGAACAAGAAGGGAACUGAUUUAUGGCUGGGUGUGGAUGCGUUAGGAUUAAACAUUUACGAGAAGGACGACAGGCUGUCUCCUAAAAUUUCGUUUCCCUGGAGCGAAAUAAGGAAUAUCUCAUUUCAUGACAAACGGUUCACUAUAAAGCCUAUUGAUAAAAAGUCUCCUGAUUUUUCUUUUUUCGCUCCGCUUCUUCGAAUCAACAAACUGAUAUUACAGCUUUGUAUUGGAAACCAUGAUUUGUUUAUGCGUCGACGAAGAUUGGAUUCUAUGGAAGUGCAGCAGAUGAAAGCCCAAGCUCGUGAAGAAAAAGCAAGGAAACAGUUGGAAAGGAGUCGUCUUGCUAAAGAAAAAAUGGCUCGUGAUGAGGCUGUACGAGAGAAAAUUGAGCUGCAGAAGAGACUCCAGUACUUUGAAGAAGCAGCUCAGAGAGCAAACGAAGCAUUGCUGAGAUCGGAAGAGACAGCAGAUUUGUUGGCAGAGAAGGUGCGGUGUGCAGAGGAGGAAGCACAGCUACUUGCUAUGAAGGCACAGGAGGCCGAGUCCGAGAUAGAGAGAGCAAGAAUGGCUGCUUUCAGAAGUGAAGAAGAGAAACGGCAAAUGGAAUUGAAAGCCAAGCAAGCUGAGCAGAUAGCUCGUAAGGUGUUCGACGAUGCUCGUGACAGGGCACAAGAGGCGGAGCGUCUGCGAUCUGCAUUGUCACAAGCAAAAGAAGCCGAAAAGGGUGCCAAACGUCAACUGUUGGAUUUAACGUCAUCGCCUGGUCUGUUGUUGGAUGGUCAGGAUGUUCCCGCAAGUGAUGCUUUAUCAGAUGCAGGUAGUACAGGUGAUCUGCUUGGUGAAGGAGAAUUUGAAGAGCUGUCAAAGCAGAUUGAAAAAGAAAGGUUAGAAUAUCAGGCAAAGAGUAAGCAUCUCAAUGGUCAGCUUAGUCAGCUGAAAUUCGAUAUGGAGAGUAUGCGACUGGAUACCAAGCAGACACCAGAAGACUUAUUGCAUGAUGAAAAUACUCGUAAAGGAAUAACAAAGUAUUCGACUUUGGAGAAGAUUACUUCAGGUAGCACUCGAGCAAGAGUUGCAUUUUUUGAAGAAUUAUAGAUUGGCCAUCUGGCACAGUAUUGUUUGUGUGCCAAGACGUGAUGUGCAUGCAUGAUUGUAUUUCACAUAUGAAGUACCGGCCAAAGACAUUAGAUGCUACAAUAAAUAACUCUAGCUAGAAGAUAAAAAUGUUAUGAAAUUUAGUGAUGCAAUAUGUAUUAAAAAAUGUGCCUUCUUUAUCAUUUCUUGACUACAAUACAUGUAUUUUACGCUGA